GCCUCCCAGCUCCCUGACCUCAGGGAGAUUGCAGCUGGUGUGCGGGCUCCGAAGCUGCGGGAAACAUGAAGAAACAGCCGGGGAGCCCCUGGCUGCAACAAGCCAACAGAAUAGGCAACCAUGGCUGGAGAAUUGGAUAUCAGGGUAAUGUCUGACCUCUGGAAACAAAGAGAAAAGGAAAUGAAUGGCUCCUGGAGGGUGUCUCCUGUGAUGGGAGGGACGGCAAGAGAUCCGUUUCUGAAGUAUUUUCAAUCCUAGCUCUAGGAUGGCUGAGAUCUACUGUCCCCAGGACUCCUUCAAACAUAUCUGCUGUUCGGUAGCUCAGGAUGGGCCAAUGCAGUGGACUCUGACCCCCGUCAAGUUCACUCAACUCCCCUCCGCCCCCACCUCGAGGUAUUGCACAAGGGAGCUGAGCGUGAACACAGGAGCAGGGGCCAGAGGCUCCCCAGCUACACUCAUGGUCUCCGGUCUGCUCAUCCUUUUCUUGAUCUCCCCAGAUUCUCUUCACACCAACCCUCCCGAUCUUCAAUUCUCCUCUUUCCCCAUGCCCAGCCAAAUUUCUUUUUUCAGUCACUUCCAGGACUGCUGGUCAAAAUUCACUAGGUAGGAAGGUCAUCAGCUGGGAAGAACCGGCGCCUGGGGGGACCUGGCUGGAUAGGCAUGGGGGAUCCGAGUCGGUCCCCUGGUCCCCGGUCCCCCCAUGGCAGUCCCCCAACCCUAAGCACUCUCACUCUCCUGCUGCUCCUCUGUGGACACGCUCACUCUCAGUGCAAGAUCCUCCGCUGCAACGCCGAGUACGUGUCGUCCACCCUGAGCCUCCGGGCCGGGGGCUCCCCCGGAGCUCUCCGCAGAGGCGGCGACAGCCGGGGCGGCGGGGCGGGCGGGCUGUGCCGAGCCCUGCGCUCCUACGAGCUCUGCACGCGACGCACGGCCCGCACCUGCCGCGGGGACCUGGCCUUCCACUCGGCGGUGCACGGCAUCGAGGACCUCAUGAUCCAGCACAACUGCUCGCGCCAGGGGCCCGCGGAGCCGCCCCCGCCCCGCGGCCCCGCGCUCCAGGGCGCCGGCCCCAGGCCCCCCAUCCCCGACCCCUGCGACUACGAGGGCCGCUUCUCCCGGCUGCACGGACGCUCCCCGGGCUUCUUGCACUGCGCCUCCUUCGGGGAUCCCCACGUGCGCAGCUUCCACCACCACUUUCACACGUGCCGCGUCCAAGGAGCUUGGCCCCUGCUGGAUAACGACUUCCUUUUUGUCCAGGCCACCAGCUCCCCCGUGGCCUCGGGGGCCAACGCUACCACCACCCGGAAGCUCACCGUCAUUUUUAAGAACAUGCAGGAAUGCAUCGAUCAGAAGGUCUACCAGGCUGAGGUGGACAAUCUCCCCGCAGCCUUUGAGGACGGUUCUAUCAAUGGAGGUGACCGUCCUGGGGGCUCAAGUUUGUCCAUUCGAACUGCUAACCCUGGGAGCCAUGUGGAGAUCCGAGCUGCCUAUAUUGGCACAACUAUAGUCAUCCGGCAGACGGCUGGGCAGCUCUCCUUCUCCAUCAGAGUAGCAGAAGAUGUGGCCAGGGCCUUCUCAGCUGAGCAGGACCUGCAGCUCUGUGUUGGGGGCUGUCCCCCGAGUCAGCGACUGUCUCGCUCAGAGCGCAGUCGCCGGGGAACUAUCACCCUAGACACUGCCAGACAGCUGUGCAAGGAAGGUCUUCCGGUUGAAGACGCUUACUUCCAGUCCUGUGUCUUUGAUGUUUCAAUCUCUGGUGACCCCAACUUUACUGCGGCGGCUCAGGCAGCUCUGGAGGAUGCCCGAGCGUUCCUGCCAGACUUAGAGAAGCUGCACCUCUUCCCCUCAGAUGCAGGAGCUCCUCUCUCCCCUGAAACCUUCCCAGCCCCACUUCUUUCAGGGCUGUUUGUUCUAUGGCUUUGCAUUCAGUAAGUAGGCGAGCAAUCUCCUGACUAAUUUGGGAAUGUUUUGGGGACAAAGGUUGGCAUGGAGGAAUACAAAGAGCUGCUAAGAAAACAGUGGCAACUAAGAGAUAUGUGAACCAAAUGACACUUAUCCCCAGAGUCAGAUGAGCUGGAGUCCAGGGUUGAAAUGAUCAUAGAAUAAGGAUUCUGGGCAAGGCUUUUGCAUUCCAGAUCUCUGGAGGGACUCUUCACCAAUUGCCUCCGUCCUAUUUAUAGUAAACCGAUUGUUCUAAUCCAUCUAUUCCUGAGAUGGCUCAACAAGCCUGGGGUUUUGAGUGUCCUGAUGAUCAGUAAAGAACUUAAGCAUUGAUGUUUUUAAAGGGCAAGAACUAAAAGAGAAAGACAUGACCAUUACCCAUGAGAAACUCGAAAAAGGGAAAAAGAAUUAGAGAAAAAAGUCUAUUUGAUGAGUAUAUGUGAGUAAGGUAUAUUUGGCCUUCUUGGUUCAGAAAUGAAGAGGGCAUUGUUUGGGUCUUAGGUGAAGGGGAUUGUACUUUGGAGAAUGACACAGAUAGGACAGAAGCUAUUAUCCCGACUCCUAACUAAUCUGUUAUUAAAGCUAUUUAUUCUCCCCACUGUC